AUGGCAUUUACACCUUAUUCUGCCCCAUCUACGUCUGAUACCAGUCCUGUCAUUGGAGAAAUCAAUGAUGACACACAAUGGCCUAUCUACAAUCCUCGUCGCAAGCCUGGUCAAACUGUGUAUGUGAUUACCGGUGCGAACCGUGGAUUGGGUCUUGCUCUCACAACAACACUUGCUCUUCGACCCAGCACCGUUAUCUUUGCGUGCAUCCGAACCUUCACAGCAGACACCACAGAAGUCUUGACGUCCCUUCCUGUAGGACACGAUAGCUAUGUAGCGCCAAUCUUGAUCGAUGCGACUGUUCCGCUUCACGCAAAACUCGCGGUCGAAACGAUUACCCAUAGGCAUGGUUACGAUCAUGUUGAUGUGGUGAUUGCGAAUAGUGGGAUCAGUGAUUAUUACGGCACUGCUGCUGAAACUCCUCUUGAGGCCCUCCGAACCCAUCUCGAAGUCAAUACUAUCGGUCCUCUUGCUCUGUUCCAGGCUUUCCUGCCACUGCUGAAGAAGUCUUCGAACCCGAAGUUUGUUGCUAUGAGUACGGGCGUCGCAAGUAUGACUGAGAUGGAGGCGAUGCAGGUAAUGCCCAUGACUGCUUACGGAGCAAGCAAAGCAGCCUUGAACUACAUUGUCAGAAAGCUACACUUUGAGAAUCCAGAAGUGUGCUGUUGGGUGCUGAUUCCAGGAUGGGUUCGAACAGAGAUGGGGAAUCAUGGUGCUGAGGUUGUUGGCAUGGAGAGGGCGCCUAUGUCGUUGGAGCAGAGUGUUGAAGCCAUGCUUGAGAAGGUGAGGUGCUCGAAUCAGUAG